AUGUCGUCUUCAUUCCCGUCUGUCGCGAGGCAGGCCCUCCAUCAGUCUUCGAGACGCCUUUCCACAAGCUACCGUCCUCGCCUUCUCUCAACACGCAUCGCCGCCACCCGUUCAUAUGUCUCCGAGAGCUCUCCGCGAAACGCCACUAUCAAUGUCGAGUCCACCAUCAAGGCCGACCAGAAGGCCUUCCUCGCCGAGACUGGCAUCAAGCCCAAGGAUGCCACUAUGCCUACCACCGGCAUGAGCGCCGACGCCAUGAUGAGCCCCUCUGCUGGAAUCCUCAAGCAAGCAACCGUCAUGGACCAAGGAACCCGCCCCAUCUACCUCGAUGCACAAGCAACAACCCCUACCGAUCCCAGAGUCCUGGACGCCAUGCUUCCCUUCUUCACCGGUCUCUACGGCAACCCGCAUUCAAGAACCCACGCCUACGGAUGGGAGACGGAUAGCGCUGUCGAGCAGGCAAGAGCAAACAUUGCAGAGCUUAUCGGUGCCGACCCCAAGGAAAUCAUCUUCACAUCCGGAGCCACCGAGAGCAACAACAUGAGCAUCAAGGGUGUUGCCCGCUUCUUCAAGCGUGGUGGCAAGAAGAACCACAUCAUUACCUGCCAGACCGAGCACAAGUGUGUCCUCGACAGCUGUCGCCACUUGCAAGAUGAAGGCUUCGAGGUUACAUACUUGCCCGUCCAGUCAGACGGCAGAGUCGACAUGAAAGAGUUGGAAGCCGCCAUGCGCCCGGAUACCAUGCUCGUCUCGAUUAUGACGGUCAACAACGAGAUUGGUGUCGUCCAGCCCAUGGAGGAGAUUGGCAAGCUCUGCAGAUCAAAGAAGAUCUUCUUCCACACAGACGCUGCUCAGGCUGUCGGCAAGAUUCCUCUUGAUGUCAACAAGCUCAACAUUGACCUCAUGUCCAUCUCUGGUCACAAGAUUUACGGCCCCAAGGGCAUUGGAGCCUGCUACGUUCGCAGAAGGCCGCGUGUCAGACUUGACCCCAUCAUCAGUGGUGGUGGUCAGGAGAGAGGUCUGAGAAGUGGAACCAUUGCUCCUCCUCUAGUUAUUGGCUUUGGUGAGGCUGCAAGAAUCGCAAAGGAGGAGAUGGACUACGACACCAAGCGUAUCGCUGCUCUCUCCAAGAAGUUAAGUGAUGGUCUUCUCGCCAUGGAGCACACCACCCUCAACGGCUCCCCCGAAUUCCACUACCCCGGCUGCGUCAACAUCUCCUUUGCCUACGUCGAGGGCGAAUCCCUCCUCAUGGCCCUCAAGGAUAUCGCCCUUUCCUCCGGCUCUGCCUGCACAUCCGCCUCGCUCGAACCCUCGUACGUGCUUCGUGCUCUCGGCAGCAGUGACGAGAGCGCUCACAGUUCCAUCCGUUUCGGUAUCGGUCGCUUCACCACUGAUGCCGAGAUUGAUUACGUCCUCAAGGCUGUCCAGGAGCGUGUCGCUUUCUUGCGCGAGUUGAGUCCUCUAUGGGAGCUUGUGCAGGAGGGUGUUGACCUCAACACUAUUGAGUGGAGUGGUCACUAA